AUGCAAUUCUCUACCAUCCGCAACUUCUCUUUCGCCCUUCUCGCGGCUUCCGCACUGGCUAUUCCUACUCCCACUGAAAAUACUGGAGUCGUAGCCAAUGUUGAGGCUCCAGCUGUUCUCGAGAAACGGUUUGGUCCCAUUACUAUCCUCUUGAUUAAUGUCAUUGGAGGCAAACUCUUGGCUGGUGCAAUCAGUGCGGGAAUUGAGCGCACCAAAGAAGCCAUCGCACCCUCAUCGGAUACCUACAAAACUUUCGAAGAUGCUCGCACUGCCUUCAUGCAGAGGCAUAUUCCAGAUCUGUAUGCCACCCGAGAGGCAGGCUCAAAGGGCGUUAUUUGCAUGAAUGGACCAUACUCCAUCAGUGCUGGCGCCGUGUACGAUGGUCCUGCUACGGAGAAGUUCUCGUGGGAUAUUUACCACACCACCUACGAUUGCUUCGAGAUUACCUCAGGCUCCAUUACCAACAAUGGUGACGGUGGAUGGAUCAACUGGGGUGCCGAAGGCUGCUCUAUCAGCGGCCAUACCAUCAGCUGUUAA